AACUAACACAGUUCCUCAACCAAACAACUAAACCUGAACAAACCGUAUCUGAUUCAAACUUCAAACCCGUUGCAAGUUCCAUUUAGACAAAUCAGAGGCAAAAACAAAACCAACCCAAACGGUACAACUUAAAAUAUAUAGUUAAAAAAUCAAAAAAAUAUAAACAGAAACAGUGGUUUACCCACCACUCACACUUCUAAAGUCAGCAUCUCUCAUCAAAAAAGGCAGAAUCUUCUUAUCUUUAUCGUUCUAAUAAACUUUCCUUUUGCUUCGAUCAUACCAAAGACUAGCUUCAUGCGCAUAUAUAUACCAUUAUUCCAAAUUCAAACUUAUGAUAAUACCCUACCAUUUGUUUAUUACCUAUUAUUUUUUCCCUCUAAUGAGGUUUCAAGCUUCAUAAACCAUAAUUGAGUUCUUUGGUUUGUUUCGUUGCAACAAACGAGGCCCAUACCCCAACAUCAUUAACCGUCAACCGAAGACACAGAACAGUUAUGCUUCCGUUAUUCGGUUACCUUCACUUAACCUUCUUCCUCUUCUAUUAUGUAACCGUCUUUAAUUCGCGCCCUUGCGUUGGCGCCAGGAUGGUUCCUGAAUCCGAAUCCGUAACCGUAAUAACAGCCGAAACUCACAACGCUACUGCCACGUGGCAGGAAUUCUCAAAGUUCCUUCACGCAGAGAGGGGCAGCCAAGUCAGCGGCAUAUGGGAGCUGAAGGAGUACUUCCACCGUUUCGGGUACCUCACUCUGCCGGAAACGGCGCAGAAUUUCACUGACACAUUCGACAAGCAGUUAGAGUCCGCACUCUUCCUUUACCAGAAACGGUUGGGCUUGCCGGUCACUGGAAAACUCGACUCCGAAACAAUACACGCGAUCGUGGCCCCGAGGUGCGGUGUUUCGGAUGCUGCCCACCACAGGAUACAUGCCACGCGCCACUACGCUUACUUCGACGGGAAGCCCAGGUGGCUCCGCGGUUCUCCGAUGACUCUGACGUACGCUUUCUCGCCGAACAACAUGAUCGACCGGCUAAGCGUGCCGGUAAUCAGAGCAGUGUUCCAGAGAGCGUUUUCGAGGUGGGCGACGGUAAUUCCGGUGAAUUUCCAGGAGGCGGAGUGGUACGACGCGGCAGACAUCAAAAUCGGAUUCUACUCCGGCGAUCACGGCGACGGAGAACCGUUCGAUGGAGUAUUGGGGGUGUUGGGGCACGCGUUCUCACCUCAGAAUGGGAGAUUCCACUUGGAUGCGGCGGAAUCCUGGUCCGUUGAUUUUGAGCGGGAUAAGUCAAGGGUGGCCGUUGAUUUAGAAUCGGUAGCAACGCACGAGAUAGGUCACGUGCUUGGGUUAGGUCACUCUUCCGUGAAAGAAGCGGUAAUGUACCCGAGCCUGAGCCCAAGGAAGAAGAAAGUGGACUUGACAAUUGAUGACGUGGAAGGGGUCCAAGCUCUUUAUGGCUCUAACCCCAAUUUCUCAUUUAGUUCUCUCUUACAGUCUGAGAAUUCCUCUAAUUUCGCUGAAGGGCUAAAAAGUUGCUUCUCUAAAUGGACUCUCACUUUAGCUCUUGGGUUCCUCUUAUUAUUUUUACGUCUAUGAUUUUUGUUUUUAAUUCCUCAUUCAUACAUGAAUUUCAUUCUUUGGUUAGCCAAUAUAUGUAUGUAAAAAUAGGAUACAAAACCUGCCAAAAGCAAAAUCAAUACAAAAUACAAAUGAUACUGAAAUUCAA